ACCAUUUCUUUGUUACUCUACAAUGGCCGCUGUGGUGGGUACGCAUGUGCGGAUCAUGGGAGAUAGCGAUUAUACAGACUCUCAUUUGGCGGACACAAAUGAUCUGAAUAACUCAGAUGCGGGGAGUGAUGAUCAAAUGUCAACUGAUGGAGAAUCUGAGGGAAAUGUUGAUGGAGGGAGUGACGGUGCAGAGGAUGAAGAUGGAGGUCAGGAGGAGGAGGCUGAAGAAGGCAAUGCCAAUGCUGGCUGGGCAGAGGCAAUGGCCAAGAUCUUGGGGAAGCAAACCCUCAACAGCAAAACCACCAUCUUAGUGAAAAACAAAGAAAUGGACAAGGUGAAGGCAAAAGAAAGACAGGAGCAGUUGGAGAGGAAGGAAAAGACUGACAAGAAGCGAGCAUGGGAGAUGAUGUGCAGAGAGAAACCUAAUCUAGUGAAGGACCGCGAGGCAGAAAAAGCUCUGCAGAGAAUUGCAACUAGAGGAGUGGUGCAGCUGUUUAAUGCAGUGAGAAUGCACCAGAAGAAUGUUGAUAACAAGGUGAAGGAGGCUGGUGGCUCAGAGAGGAAGAAGGCAAAAAUACUUUCCUCUGUUUCCAAAAAAGACUUCAUCGACGUGCUACGGAAAACAGAAGGUGGCAGCAGAGUUCCAAUCAAAUGCUGAAAAAGACUUCAGCACUACUGAGGUGGUGGAGAAACCUGCUUGGAGUGUCCUCAGUGAUGACUACAUGAUGGGAGCGACUAUGAAAGACUGGGAUAAAGAAGAGGCCAAGGCACAUACAGAAAGUGGUGCAGAUUGAAAUGAUUCCGAUUGACAACAGAAGAACGGACUCAAGAGACUUUAGCUUCUUACUGUGAUUUGGUUCAGACUCUAACAUGCAGGCAGGUGAAAAUCAACAGGGGGCAGUGUUGUCUUCAGGGAGCUCCAGUACUGUACUUGGUUCUGUCAUUGGAAAAAAAUUGGUAUGUUCUUCAUCGGAUUGGCACGUGCUCAGAAAGGAUUGGGAGGUUUGAGAAAUGUUGUCCUUUGUUGAUAUGACAGAGGCAGGUCAUGAAAACAAAAACAUGCAAAAGAGGAUCGAUAAAAUAUUUUCUGCUGGAUGAUGUACCAGUUAACUGGGAGCUGGUUUUAGCUGCAAAAUUCAGUGAUCAUUUAUGACCAUGGAGUGUACAGCAGAUUUUUAUGUUGUGUAACCUCUGUAAAUAUCACUUUUGUACAGUACCGCUUUAAUAAAAAGCUGGUUUGCCUACUAAGACUGCAA